AUGCAAAAUUUUAAACCAUGGUCUCCCCACUUCAACUUCCAUGAAGAAGUUCUCAAGGUGAUUCCCAUGUGGGUCAAAUUUCCUAACCUUCCACUGAAUUGUUGGGGGAGUGUCUCUCUCAGCAGGUUAAGUAGUGUUCUAAGAGUGCCACUCUUUGCUGAUGAAUGCACUACACAACAACUCAGAAUUUCAUUUGCCAGGGUGCUCAUUGAAGUUGAUGUUACAAAACCACUGCCUUCUCACAUAGUUGUUGUUGAUGCCACUGGGAAGGAGUUUGUUCAACCUGUGUCUUAUGAUUGGAAACCGUCUUUUUGCAAGAAAUGUUGUAUAGUAGGCCAUGACUGUGCAAAAGUUAAACAAGCAACAACUAGGCCAGCAGUUCAGAAAGUUGUGAAGAAGUGGGUGGUUAAGAAAACUGUUCCAGAAGAUAAACAAAAGGGUAAUAGUGCUGUUGUUGAUGGAACUGUGACUCCAAUUUACACAAUCAAUGUGGUGCAAUCUGGAAAUGAUGCUGGUUGGAUGACUGCUAGGAAACCAGACAGGGUUCUGAAUCAACAGGAUGUACAUCACUCGGAUGAUGAAGGAGAGGAAAGUGAUGAGGAAAGUGUUGGGGAGCCCCCAGUAUAUGUUAUUGCUGUGCUUGAAACUAGAGUCGAAAGUAGAAAUGCAGUUAAGAUUCAAAAUAAAUUUGGUAGCUGUUGGUCUUGGUCUUGUAAUUCUCUUUGUAAUCCAAGAGGUAGAAUAUGGUUGGGUUGGAACUCUCUGAAAGUUACAGUCACAGUCCUUAUCAUUCAUGAGCAAUUUAUUCAUGGGGAAUUGGCGGAUUCCAGUGGGAAUUCUAUCCGUGUGUUUACAGUUGUUUAUGGUCUCAACACAGUGGAAACUAGGAAACCUCUGUGGAGAGAGCUUACUGGGUUAGCUGCUUCUAUUGGUAGCACUCCUUUGCUUUUGUUAGGAGAUUUUAAUGAUGUUUUAUCUCAACAAGAUAGACUCAAUGGUGCUGGUAUUACAAGUUAUGAUACUCAAGAUUUUGAACAGUUUCUUUUUCUUACUGGGGUAGCUGAACUUAGAGUUAUAGGGAAUUUCUAUUCUUGGAGUAAUAAGAGUAUUGGAGAUAGGAGAAUUUCAAGUAGAAUUUGGGGAAUGGAGAGUGGAUGA